GGAAGUCUGUAUUUAAACGGCUGUAUAUUUUGUGGUAGUCAGAAAAAUAAGCUGCAACUUCGGUUUCUGCAUUUCUUUACAGGUGAUUUCCAGCCGAAUCUUCAUAUUCCGAAAAGCCACAAAGGUUUCGUCCUCCAUACAGAAACAACUUUUAAGGGAUCUACGGGAUCGGGUAUGGAAAAGUCUCAAAUCAGUCUCUAAACAGUCAUCAGCAGUCAAAGAAAGGAGGUAGACACUGCCUCAAAAUGAGUCUCAAUGAGGAGAGAGAGGAGGAGAGCAUGCAAUGUACUGAAUCUCCAGCAUCAAGUUGUGUGUCUAUGAAGAGUGAUAAAUCCAUGAGUCGUUCUCCUGAAUUUGGUGAUGAAACAGAGACCUCUGACUCCAGGAUCACCACGAGGAAGAGAAAAAGAGAAUCGUCUCCAGAACCUAGCCAUGUGUCUUUGAAGAGUGACGACUCUAUGAGACAACUCCUUAACUUCAGUGAUGGAGCAGUGACCUCUGACACUUUAUCAGUGAAGUCCAGUCACACCCACAUCAGUCAGCAAAACACAGAAUCUGUCUAUCAGACACACAGACAGUUGGAGGAGACUGAAGACCUUCAGCAGGAUUCUCACCAACCAGUAGAUGAUGUUCUUCAAAGAGUUAAAGACCAACACAAAACCAGCAUGAAAAACAAGUAUGAGAGUUUAUUUGAGGGAAUCAAACAACAAGAGAAUCAAACGCUCCUGAACAGGAUUUACACACAGCUCUACAUCAUAGAGGGAGAGAGUGAAGGGGUGAAUGAAGAACAUGAGGUUUUACACAUGGAGAAAACAGCAAGAACUCAACACUUACAAGACACUCCAAUCUACUGCAAUAACAUAUUUAAACCCUUACCUGAACCAGGAUGUGAGGAGAAGAGAACAGAGCAAAUAAAGACUGUUCUUACUAAAGGCAUCGCUGGAAUUGGAAAAACAGUCUCAGUGCAGAAGUUCAUUCUGGACUGGGCCGAGGGAAAAGCCAAUCAGGAUGUAGACUUCAUGUUUGUGCUUCCAUUUCGAGAGCUGAACUUGAUUAAAGAUGAGCAGUACAGUCUUCACAAACUUCUGCUGGACUUUCAUCCUGAACUUCAUGAUCUGGACUCAAAGAUUUAUAAUGAGUGUAAAGUUGUGUUCAUCUUUGACGGUUUGGAUGAAAGCAGAAUUCCACUGAUGUUUUCAGAUAGUGAGAAAGUUUCUGAUGUGACUGAGACUUCAUCAAUGGGUGUGUUGAUGUCAAACCUCAUCAAAGGAGAUCUGCUUCCCUCUGCUCUCAUCUGGAUCACCUCCAGACCAGCAGCAGCCAAUCAGAUCCCCUCCAAAUACAUCAAGCGUGUGACAGAUAUUCAGGGAUUCAAUGAUCCUCAGAAGGAGGAAUAUUUCAGGAAGAGAAUCAGUGAUGAGCAUCAAGCCAGCAGAAUCAUCUCACACAUUAGAAGAGCAAGAAGCCUCCACAUCAUGUGCCACAUACCAGUGUUCUGUUGGAUCUCAUCCACUGUGCUUCAAAACAUCCUGAAACAAGACGACAGUGCAGAAAUCCCUCAAACUCUGACUGAAAUGUUCAUCCACUUCCUGCUCAUUCAGAUCAAUAUGAGGAAUCAGAAGAAUGAAGAGAGAGAUCCAGAGAAACUCCUGCAGUCCAACAGAGAAGUGAUUGUGAAACUUGCUGAACUGGCUUUCAAACAGCUGAUGAAGGGCAAUGCCAUUUUCAAUGAGGAGGACCUGAGAGAGUGCGGCAUAGAUGUCACUGACGCCUCAGUGUAUUCUGGGAUCUGCACUGAGAUCUUUAAGGAUGAAUCUGUGAUUCGUCAUAGGAAAGUCUACAGCUUCAUACAUCUCAGCUUUCAGGAGUUUCUGGCAGCUUUUCACUGGUUGCACAGCUAUGCGAGUACUACUACAGAAGCGCUAAAAAUGUUUGAUUCAUUGUAUAAUUUGCUGAAAGGAGUAAUAGAUAAAGCCCUUCAGAGUGAAAAUGGACACCUGGAUCUUUUCCUGCGAUUCCUGCUGGGCAUCUCACUGGAGUCCAAUCAGAGACUCUUACAGGAUCUACUGACACACACAGAGAACAGCUCAGAGAGCAUCAAGAAAACCUCACAGUACAUUAAAGACACAAUCAAGAAUGACAAACAUAUCUCCACUGAAAGAUCCAUCAAUCUGUUCCUCUGUCUGCAUGAGAUGAAUGACCAGACUCUGAACAGAGAGAUUAAGGAGUUUCUGGAAUCAGACAAACACUCAGAGAAUAAACUCUCUUCUGCUCAAUGCUCUUCAAUCGCCUACAUGCUUCAGAUAUCAGAGGAGGUGCUGGAUGAGCUGGACCUGAAGAAAUACAACACAUCAGCAGAGGGUAGAAAAAGACUGAUACCAGCUGUGAGCAACUGCAGAAAAGCUCUUCUUGCUAACUGUAAUCUCACCGGUCAGCACUAUGAAAUUGUGGCUUCAACUCUACAAUCAUCAAACUCUGUCCUGAGAGAGCUGGAUCUGAGUAACAAUGACCUGCAGGAUUCAGGAGUGAAGCUGCUCUCUGAUGCACUGAAGAGUAGAAACUGUAAACUGGAGAUACUGAGAUUAUCAGGCUGCAUGGUGACACAGGUCGGCUGCGGUUAUCUGGAUUCAGCUUUGAGGUUAAACCCUUCACCCCUAAAAGAGCUGGAUCUGAGCUACAAUCACCCAGGAGAAUCAGGAGUCAAAUUGCUGUCUGAGAGACUCGAUGAUGCAAACUGCGAACUGAACAAACUCAAUGUGGACCAUAAUGAACCCUUCAGAAUCAAACCAGGACUACAAAAAUAUCACUGUGAUCUCACACUGGAUCCAAACACAGCACAUCCUAGCCUAAAGUUGUCUGAGGGGAACAAAAAUGUGAUACAUGUGGAAGAGGAACAGUCAUAUCCUGAUCAUCCAGAGAGAUUUGUGCACCAGGAGCAGGUUAUGUGUAGAGAGAGUCUGACUGGACGCUGUUACUGGGAGGCUGAAUUUGAGAGAGGAGAGGGUUUAGUAGCAAUGACAUAUAAGGGAAUCAGUAGAAAACAAGGGAUUAAUUGUCGGUUUGGAGUUAAUGAACAGUCCUGGAGUCUUUACUAUAUUAACAGUGGUAAUGUUUAUACUGUCUGGCACAAUAAUAAAACCAUUGAAACACCAGCCCUUACACCUCCCUCUAAAAGAGUAGGAGUGUAUCUGGACUGGUCGGCCGGCACUCUGUCCUUCUACAGCGUCUCUGACACACACACACUCACACACUUACACAGAUUCAACACCACAUUCACUGAACCCCUCUAUGCUGGAUUUAGACUUUAUCCUGAUUCUCCAGUUUCUCUGUGUCAGAUAGAAAACCCUCAGGUGAGAAAUAACUGAAAAUGAUUCAGUCUAGAUGCAUGCAUUGAAAGCCUGAAAAAUAUUUUUCACAGACACAGUAAUGCAAACAGGUGCUGCAAAAAACGAAUCGAUAAAAUCAAUUAUAAUCAAUUUAUAAUAAACAUUGAAUUUCCUUCUCAAUUAGUUGGAUAUGUGUGGCAAGAGAAGUUCUUUCAGUGAUGUCACUUUAUAGCAGUUAAAAAAGUGUUUGCAUGACAUCUAGUUUGAGACAAGACUCUGUUUUAAAACAUACUAUAUUAAUUACAAAUAAUUCAAUUGUAUGUAAUCAGUGACAGUGUGCAAUCAUAUGUAUCAAACACAAUUCUGUUUAAAGCUCAGCAGAAUUAUUAUUUCUAUUCUGGUGUCAACAUUGCCCACUGCUGUGCUGAUUUUUAGUCCCACUCCUUCACAUUUUACAUUUGAACAAUUCAAAUAAAGGUUAAAAGUUUUUAUAAGUAAAAUUGUUUUCAAUACUUCUGAAAAGUAAAUAAAAACAAACAUUCAAACUUCACGGUUCUUUAUUCAGGCUGUUUUUAAAGUACAGUAAAUUGAACUGAAUUGUGAGACGAGUGAGUCAUUACACCCUUAAUCAUUUCUGUUUUUAAAAAAUGCACUUUAAUUAAAUACAGGAAAUAAGAAUGAGUUUUUUUUUCUGAUUAAUCGAUUAACUGAAAAUGAUUGAAGAUGAACCCAUUUUCAUGGUAAUUGUUUGUUGCAGCUCUAAUAUAAACUGUUUUAAAUGUGUUCUAUCUAUUAAAAUAUGUGACAAUGAAGAAGUAAAAAGCCAUAGAUAUACAUUUACAAGGAAAUUUAGUGGCUUUAACUGAAAUGUUUUCAUGGUUUGAGCAUUGAUUUUAUGAAUUAGAUAUGAUGACUUGAAUAUAAAAUGUAUCUAUUUUGUACAUUUACAUUUCUAUGUAUAAUAUUUUAACAUAUACAUAAGUUCAUAUGUGUGCUUGUGUUGUUGUCAAUAAAUAAAUAA